AACUUAACUGACCCCCAUGAUCUAACCGCAGCCGGAUCAACAAUGAUUUCAAUUUACACUGUGUAAACUAAUAAAUAUUCAAAGAUUUUCUUUUGGAAAAUUUUGACACUUAAGAAUUAAAAAAAAUUCUUCAAUUUAAUAUUAAGUCUUUUUAUUUGUAGCUGUUUUUAUGGCCCCCGCUACCAGUAUAUUGGUGGAAGUUUUUUCGCCAAUAGAAGAAUUCACGAAGGUUAAAGUUGAACCUGUUGGAAAGUGGUUCUCUCUAUUCCAAGAACGGAAACAAAAUGAGCAUAAAAUACACCUGUCUCGAUUAGAUAAGUUGGAAAUUAGUGCUGACGAUGAUGAUUCAUCUGAUGAUUUUGAAUUUGAAGAAGAUUCAGAGUAUUUAAGAAAAUUAAAUCCUAAUGAUUGGAAAGAUCAAGAUCAUUAUGCAGUUUUAGGCUUAAAAAAGAAGCGUAUUUCGGCUAAAGAUGAGGAAAUUAAAAAGGCUUAUAGAGCAAUAGUUCUUAAACAUCAUCCUGACAAACGACGUGGAGCAGGAGAAAAUGUGAAAGACUUUGAUCAUGACUAUUUUUCUUGCAUUACCAGAGCUUAUGAAAUCUUAGGCAAUCCAAUAAAGCGACAGUCUUACGACAGUGUAGACCCUGAAUUUGAUGACUCAGUACCUUCUGUCAAUAACUUUUCAAAAGAAAACUUUUUUGAAGUGUUUCGACCAAUUUUUGAAGCAAACUCCAGAUGGUCAAUAAAACAACCUGUUCCAGCAAUUGGAAAUAAAAAAUCUACAUUUGAGGAAGUUGAUACAUUUUACAGCUUUUGGUAUGACUUUGAGUCCUGGAGAGAAUAUUCUUACUUGGAUGAAGAGGAGAAAGAAAAAGGAGAAAAUCGGGAAGAAAGAAAAUGGAUUGAAAAACAAAAUAAAGCUGCUCGUCAGAGGUUAAAAAAGGAGGAAAUGGCAAGGAUAAGACAACUAGUUGACAAUGCUUACGCUUGUGACCCUAGAAUUUUGAAGUUUAAAGAGGAAGAAAAAAAUCGUAAAAUUGCUCAAAAGAAAGCAAAAGAAGAAGCAGCAAGGUUAAAAAUGGAAGAAAAGAAAAAAAAGGAACAGGAAGCUCUUGAAGCUGAACAAAGGCAGCGAGAAAAGGAGGAAGAAGAAAAUAAACUAAAGAAAGAAAAAGAGAAGAAGGAAAAAGAAGCACUUAAGAAGCAGCAAAAGCGAGAAAGAAAAUUGUUUCAACAGCUAUGCGAAAAAAACAAUUAUUAUGCUUCAGAUGAAGAAACUAAAAUAUCUCAUUUGAAAGAAGUUGACAAAUUAUGCAAUUUACUAUCAUUGCAAAAGUUACAAGAUUUGAAUAUUGCCUUACAAAAGGAAGGAGGAGUUGAUAAUCAAAAAAAUGUUUUUCUUAAAGAGGUUCAAUCUUUAAACAAGCAGUUGGAAGAGGAGAAAGAGCAGCUGUUGGCCUCUUCUCAAAGGUCUUGUGCGAAUAAUGAGGAGAAAGGCAACCAAAAGCCAUGGUCACCUGCAGAUCUUCAGCUUUUAGUGAAAGGUGUUAAUCUUUUUCCUGCUGGGACAAACAACAGAUGGGAAGUAAUUGCUUCUUUUAUGACUCAACAUUCAACAACUAAAAUAAAGUGCACAGCUAAAGAAGUAUUGGCCAAGGCUAAAGAACUUCAAAAGCGAAGUGGAGGUUUGAGAGAGCAGGUUAAUAAAAGUGCUUAUGAAAACCUGGAGAAAAACCAAAAACAAGUGCCUAUAGCUGUGAAAGAUCAGUCAGCACCAACAGAGAGAUUUGAUACUCCAGCCGAUAUGGCAGGAAUUUGGACAUCAGAGGAGCAGCAACUAUUGGAACAGGCGUUAAAAACUUACCCUGCUUCGACAGAAGAAAGAUGGGAAAAGAUAGCUGCAUGUAUACCUCACAGAGACAAAAAAGAUUGCAUGAAACGAUACAAGGAACUGGUGGAAAUGGUAAAAGCUAAAAAAGCUGCUGCCAACAAAUCUAAAAAAUAGGUGUAGCCAAGAAAUUUCUCUUCUGUAAAUACAAUGAUGUCGAGACACAGUGAUACUCAUGUGUGUUGUACAUAUUGAAUCAAUUAAAAACAAUCUUUUAAGAAA